CAAGAGGUGUUUCUAGAUACUCUUUUUCACUCAUCGCCAUGGCGCCGCUUCCUGUUAGGCUGGUCAUAAACGGCGUUCGCCGCUCCUCGACUCGUCGCGCGUUCGCUAAAAAAAGAUCUGCCAUUGGCAGCACGUACACUCCAGAUACCAUUCCUCCUUCCCAGCGUCAUACUGACAUCGCCGUCAAUCCUGACGUCACAGUUAACGUUAAUCGGCUCCAGUUACCCACGAACUCGCCGGCUCACCCUAAACAGGCACAAGGAAACUGUUUUUCUGGUCCAUUUGUUGCCAGGAUCUUGCCUUUCGGCGUUGAUCCGAGAGCAGGAUCCUGCACUCCCUCACUUUCCCGCUCUCCUACAGAAAAUCUUUCAACGUUUAGAUCCCAACGCUCUCGCGUCUUCCCCGAUUUAGCCGCGCCCGGAGUAGCGUUCUCAACCUCCACGUCAUUACAGUCACGCUCGUUUGGCGAGGCAAACGACCGAUCCGAUGCGUCGGGAUCCGUACUCGGCAAAUCCGAUCCAAAACCUGCCGAUCUUGUCUCUGCUGACGUGUCGUCACCGGAUUCGUCAGCUUCCAGCCCGGAGGAUAACGUCUCAGUGACUAAGAGGGGGAGGCCGAGGAAGAGACCACCUAGCAGUGCCAGCAGCGGUAACGGAAACGAUGGAGACGACAACGCCUGUAGCGAUAGCAGUGAUAGCAGCAGCAGCGGCAGCAGCAGCGGCAGCAGCAGCAGCAGUAGUAGCGGUAGUAGCGGUAGUAGCGGCAGCAGCAGCAGCGGCGACAGCAGUAGCGUUAAGCGAGGCAGAAAGAAGCGUGCUAGCAGCAGCGGCAGCAGCAGCAGCAGCAGCGGCAGUGGCGGCGGCGGCGGCGGCGACGGUAACAUUGCGGCUGUUAGCGAAGCAACGCUACUCGCUGAUAGUGACUCAAACGGGGACAGCAGUGUGACUAAAGAGGGGGCGAAGCUGGUCGUGGAAGAGCCGGAGAUUAUCGGCGAAGAGAGUAUAGCGGGGGAGAAGCAGGUGUGGCAGGGCGAGGACGAGGAGGACACGUGGGAGAUGGACGCCGAAGCGGAGGUGACUGUAAUGAGGGCCGUGGACGAAGGGACGGCGCCCAAGCCGCCAGCUCUGAGCAGGGGCGCCAAGGAACGUGUCAACCACGCGCUCAAGCACUUCGCCACGCGCGGCUGGGCGGCAGACCAGGCCCUGGCCAUCUACAUCCCCUCGCGCUUCUUCCCCACAGCCGCCUCCAAGUUCCGCCGCUUCGUGCUGCGCUGCUGCUCGCCCGCCCUCGCCUCUGCUCUUGAGCACAUGGGUCCCGGGAGGGACGCGGACGAGUUCCUCUUCCCCCUGUUCGCGGAGUUCUGUUUCGGGGAGUUUCCAGAGGAGAUCAGGAAAUAUCGUGACCUGGUCAACUCGGCUGAUAUGACAAAGCCGCACAUCUGGUACCCCCAGGCCCGCGCCAUGCCCCGAAAGGUGGUGUACCACAUGGGCCCCACCAACAGCGGCAAGACGCACCGAGCGCUGGUCAGGUUCAAGGAAGCUUCCUCGGGCGCAUACUGCGGGCCGCUCAGGCUGCUGGCUAUGGAGGUAUUUGACCGGGUCAACGCGGAUGGAGUGUACUGCAAUCUGGUGACUGGGCAGGAGAGGAAGGAGAUGCCAUUCGCCAGCCACACCGCCUGCACCAUCGAGAUGGCCAACCUCAGCACUCCGGUGGAUGUGGCCAUCAUAGAUGAGAUUCAGAUGAUCAGUGACGAUUACCGCGGGUGGGCGUGGACCAGGGCUUUGCUGGGCGUGCAAGCAGCGGAGGUGCACGUGUGUGGAGACCCCUCGGUGCUGCCUCUGCUGAGAGCCAUUUGUGACGCCACAGGGGACGAGUUCGAGUGCCACCAUUAUCACCGCUUUGCACCGCUCACUGUGGAUCAGACCAGCCUGCAGGGCGAUCUGGGGCGGGUGUCACCUGGCGACUGCAUCGUGGCAUUCUCGCGGCGGGAGAUCUUCGAAAUCAAGAGAGCAGUGGAGAUGACGACCAAGCACCGCUGCUGCGUGGUGUACGGCGCUCUGCCUCCUGAAACGCGACGGCAGCAGGCACGGCUGUUCAAUGAGGGCAGCGAGUUCGGAGUGCUGGUGGCGUCUGACGCCAUCGGCAUGGGGCUCAACCUGUCGAUUAGGAGAGUCGUGUUUUCAACGCUGCAUAAAUUCAACGGAGAGGAGAAGAUCCGCAUCCCCUCACCCAUGGUGAAGCAGAUCGCAGGGAGAGCAGGCAGGAGGGGCAGCCGGUAUGAGGAAGGGGUCGUGACCUGCCUGGACCCAGCAGACACACCUCUGCUGAUCGGCGCUCUGCAGGACCCUGUACAGCCCACCACCGCUGCUGGGCUCUUUCCGCUCUUCGAACAGGUGGAGGCCUUUUCUAGUCGGCUGCCUGACGUUUCCUUUGCUAAGUUGCUGGACAGAUUCGUCGAGACGUCCAAGCUGGACGGCACGUACUUCCUAUGCCGCACCGACAACAUUCGGCGCGUGGCGACCAUGCUGGAUAAGAUCAAAGAGCUCACCCUGAGGGACCGCUUCGCCUUCUGCUCUGCCCCGGCCAACGCGCGAGACCCCACCGUCAUGGCGGCUCUGAUGCGGUUCGCCAGGGAGUAUGCCGAGGGGAAGCCAGUGCCGCUGCUGGGGGGCAAUGAGGAGGGGGGGGAAGGGGGAGAGGGCAGUGCGGGGCGGCCGUGGGGCAAGGAGGGGGGUGGGUCGGGUCAGUGGGUGGGCGGCACGUGGCGCAGGACUGCGGCGUCGGACCUGAUGGUUCUCGAGACGAAGCACCAGGUGGCCUCGCUCUACCUCUGGCUCUCCUACCAGUUCCGCAAGGGCGCCUUCCCGGAUGCUUCCCUCGCGACAGACAAGGCUCAGAAGGCAGCCAAGCAGCUCUCCACAGCUCUUCUCGAGGCUCGGACGCCAAACCUGGCCAGCAGCUUCGGCAAGCCAGGCUCGCCCAGAGGCAGGUACGGGCCGGGGCUGACGGACCUCCAGCAACAGAAGCUUUGGCAUCUUGAGCAGGAGCGGCAGCGGCGGGAGGAGAGGAGGACACAGAGGCAGCCACAGGGGUUGGAAUCAGCAGGAGACGGGGAGAAAGGGGGGGAGGAGGAGGAGGUGAGGCAGUUGUUUGCAAGUGCAAGGCUAAAGAAGUAUGUGGGCAGGAGGCGAACCUCUAGGUUGGUGGAGCAUGUGGAGGCAGUCGGUAUUCAGGGUGAGGCGGGAGAUCAGCCUGCCUCAGUUGCACCUGCGUGAGAGCCUUUUAGGGGGUGCACUGCUGAGCUCUGUAGCCUCACGUGGAAUGCCGCUGGUAGCAUCGCUAGUAGUCUUACUUGGAACGUUGCUUGUAGCAUCGCUUGUAGUCUCACUUGGAACGUCGCUUGUAGCAUCGCUUGUAGUCUCAUGUGGAACGUUGCUAUUAGUGUCAGUCGCCUCACACCGUGUCCUUCUACAAGGAGGUAGGCUCCCAGAUCCUGUAUUCUCAUUGGUGCAAAAGCUUGUGUUUGUUAGGUGCAACCGCUGAACUAUUAGCCCAUGCAGAGCAAAUGUGGUAUCUGCAAUCAUUUACAAGAAAUGUGGUAUUCUUGU